GUCAUUGCUGCUGUUCCUUCCAUUCAUCCGGUACCGAAAGAGCAGCAGACGAACUCCUUCCCAUCUCCUCAAAGUCAACAAAAUCGUGACCGCGAUGAAGUUGAUUUGACACCGGUGCCCAUCGAGGCUGUUGUUCAUCAAGGCGCCGGCAAAGUGGAGCAGCAGAUAGAAAGGCUAGUGUUACCAUGGCAUAAAUGCGAUGAUGUUCGGAGUGUACGAAAAUCAGAACCAGCACCAAAACCGAAAACCCCCGCUCUGGAGGAAGUGCAAGCGCCGGAGAACAACGUGCCCAAGCAGCCAUCACCCGAAGUGACGCACGUUUUCCUUGACAGCGAUGAGACGCCAAGCGUGGAAACCUCUCAAGUCCCUGAGCCGAGGUUGAGCGAUGAAGAACGGGAUCUGAUCGAGCGACAGAAGCAAUGGGACCAGGCGGACUUAGCAGCUUCUGCAAGCCGACUGGGUCUCUUGUCCGCAGCUCUCAUCGGGGCCUUCUUUUUAUAG